UGUCUCUGGUAAAGGGAGACCAUCUCUACUUCACGGUGAUUUGUAAGAAGCGUCCAUAGGCUUCAGACCCAAAGCGAGAGACUGGACCAGGUUACCCGGCUGAGACUUAAGUGAGGGUCGUCCCUCCCACUCCACCUCUCUCCACCCGGGAUGUCUCGACGAAAGCAGCGGAAACCCCAGCAAUUAAUCUCGGACUGCGAAGGUCCCAACGCACCUGAGAACGGUGAAGCUAGCGAGGAGGAGCACCCCCAAGUCUGUGCCAAAUGCUGCGCACAAUUCACUGACCCUUCUGAAUUCCUCGCUCACCAGAAUGCUUGUGCUACUGAUCCUCCUGUAAUGGUGAUUAUGGGGAGCCAGGAAAACCCCAACAACGCUUCAGCAUCUUCAGAAUCCCGGCCAGAAGGCCACAAUAGUCCCCAGGCCAUGGACACAGAGCAUAGCAAUCCCCCGGACUCUGGGUCCUCCGGGCCCACAGAUUCCACCUGGGGCCCAGAGAGGAGAGGAGGAGAAGAAUCAUCGGGGCAUUUCCUGGUCGCUGCCACAGGUACAGCGCCUGGGGGAGGCGGGGGCCUGAUCUUGGCCAGUCCCAAGCUGGGAGCAACCCCAUUGCCUCCAGAAUCCACCUCUGUCCCCCCUCCUCCUCUUCCUCCCCCUCCCCCCCCUGGCGUAAGCAGCGGCCACUUGAACAUUCCUCUGAUCUUGGAAGAGCUGCGGGUACUGCAGCAAAGGCAGAUCCAUCAGAUGCAAAUGACUGAGCAAAUCUGCCGCCAGGUGCUGCUGCUGGGCUCCUUAGGCCAGACAGUGGGUGCUCCUGCCAGUCCCUCAGAGCUGCCUGGGACAGGAACUGUCUCCUCCACUAAGCCCCUACUCCCCCUCUUCAGCCCCAUCAAGCCUGUCCAAACUGGCAAGACACUGGUACCUUCCUCCUCCUCUUCCUCCUCUUCCUCCUCCUCCUCCUCUUCCUCUUCCUCCUCAGGGGCGGAAACACCGAAGCAGGCUUUCUUUCACCUUUAUCAUCCAUUGGGGUCACAGCACUCCUUCUCUGCUGGUGGGGUUGGGCGAAGCCACAAGCCUACCCCUGCCCCCUCCUCAGCCCUGCCAGGCAGCACAGAGCAGCUGGUUACUUCCCCUCAUCUGGCAUUCCCAGGCACCACAGGACUAUUGGCCGCACAGUGUCUUGGAGCCACCAGGGGCCUUGAGGCUACUGCCUCCCCAGGUCUCCUGAAGCCAAAGAAUGGAAGUGGCGAGCUGGGCUAUGGGGAAGUCAUGGGUCCUUUGGAGAAGACUGGGGGAAGGCACAAAUGCCGCUUCUGUGCCAAAGUAUUCGGCAGUGACAGCGCCCUGCAGAUCCAUCUUCGUUCUCACACUGGUGAGAGGCCCUAUAAGUGCAACGUCUGUGGCAAUCGCUUUACCACCCGAGGCAACCUCAAAGUCCAUUUCCACCGGCAUCGGGAGAAGUAUCCACAUGUGCAAAUGAACCCACAUCCUGUUCCAGAGCACCUAGACUAUGUCAUCACCAGCAGUGGCCUGCCCUAUGGCAUGUCUGUGCCACCCGAAAAAGCUGAAGAAGAGGCAGUCACACCAGGUGGAGGUGUUGAACGCAAGCCUCUGGUAGCCUCCACCACAGCACUUAGUGCCACAGAGAGUCUGACGCUGCUGUCUACUGGUGCAGGCACAGCUACAGCCCCUGGGCUCCCUGCUUUCAAUAAGUUUGUGCUCAUGAAAGCAGUGGAGCCCAAAAAUAAGGCAGAUGAAAACACUCCCCCAGGAAGUGAAGGCUCAGCCAUCAGUGGAGUGGCCGAAAGUGGCACAGCAGCCCGUAUGCAGCUAAGUAAGCUAGUGACUUCACUCCCAAGCUGGGCACUGCUUACUAACCACUUCAAGUCCACCGGCAGCUUCCCUUUCCCCUAUGUGCUGGAGCCCUUGGGAGCCUCACCCUCAGAGACAUCAAAGCUACAACAGCUGGUAGAGAAGAUUGAUCGACAAGGAGCCAUGGCCGUGGGCUCUACUGCUUCAGGAGCCCCCACCACUUCUGCCCCUGCGCCAUCACCUUCGGCUUCUUCUGGACCUAACCAAUGUGUCAUCUGUCUCCGAGUGCUGAGCUGUCCUCGAGCCCUGCGCCUGCAUUAUGGCCAACAUGGAGGUGAGCGACCCUUCAAAUGCAAAGUGUGUGGCAGAGCCUUUUCCACCCGGGGCAAUCUUCGUGCACAUUUUGUGGGCCACAAGGCCAGUCCAGCUGCCCGGGCCCAGAACUCUUGCCCUAUCUGCCAGAAGAAGUUCACUAAUGCUGUUACCCUGCAGCAGCAUGUUCGAAUGCAUCUGGGAGGCCAGAUCCCAAAUGGAGGUACCACACUCCCUGAGAGCGGAGGAACUGCCCAGGAGAAUGGCUCUGAGCAGUCUGCAAUCUCUGGGGCAGGAAGCUUCCCUCCGCAGCAGCAAACCCAACAGCCAUCACCAGAAGAGGAAUUGUCUGAGGAAGAGGAGGAGGAAGAGGAAGAAGAAGAAGAUGUGACUGAUGAAGAUUCCCUAGCAGGAAGAGGUUCAGAGAGCGGGGGUGAGAAAGCAAUAUCAGUGCGAGGUGAUUCAGAAGAGGCAUCUGGGGCAGAGGAGGAAGCGGGGAUAGCCAUUGCAGUGGCCUCUGGGAAGGAGAGGGAUGGUAAUGAGAAAGCCACUCAGCAGUGUUCUCUGCCACCACCACCUCCUCCUGACAUUGUGGAUCAACCCCAACCAAUGGAGCAGGACAGCUAUGAUGUCUCAGGAGGCAAGGAAGAGGGGGCCAAACCUGAGAGGAGCUCCAGCCCAGCGACAUCACUCCCCCAAGAAGGAGAAGGUACCUGCACCCCUUUGGUAGAGGAGCUGAGCUUACAGGAAACUGUGAGAAAGGAGCCAGGAGAGAAUAGCAGCAGAAAGGCUUGUGAAGUGUGCAGCCAGACCUUCCCUACUCAGACAGCCUUGGAGGAGCAUCAGAAGACCCACCCCAAGGAGGGGCUGCUCUUCACCUGUGUUUUUUGCAGGCAGAGCUUUCUUGAGCGGGCAACCCUCAAGAAGCAUAUGCUGCUGGCUCACCACCAGGUACCACCCUUUGCCCCCCACGGCCCUCAGAAUAUUGCCACUCUGUCCUUGGUCCCUAGUUGUUCUCCUUCUAUUGCUUCCCCAGGGAUCUCUCCCUUCCCUCGAAAAGAUGACCCUGCAAUCCCUUAAUUCUGUUAUCUAUACUUGCUAUCCUUUGAUCCAGGAAGCAGAAACCAAGAGCUCCACAGAGGGACCUCCCCAGGUAUUUUGUCUUUUUUCUCUGAGUUCUUACAUGAUAUGUCUCUAGUGGCUUUUUCUCUAGUCUCUGAGCUUAGGAAUUCUUGUGCUUCCAAGAGGAUGGCCCCCUUAGGAAUUUUUAAUCCCCUCUACAUUCCUUGUAACUGAGGAAAAUAGGCUUUCUGCAGCUUUUACAUUCUCAAGAGGACUCCUGUCCUCUUCCUUUUCCUUUCCCUUUGGCAGGUGCACCUAAGCACCCAUCUUUGGAAUUGCAACCCAGACUGAAGGGUCUGGCAGCUUGCUCUCUAAGGCCCAGUGUCACCCCUUGCUGAGGACUUCUUGUCCCAAGACCUUCCUGUCUGUGGAGGUAGAGGUGGAUUCCCUACCUUUGCACAACCAUUACACAGCUUUCCCUGUCACAUUGCUGUGUCCACCAAAACUCUGGAGUUCCAGCCUCACCUCUACCACCACUUUAGGCUUGGCAUUAUCAGUGCUGUUUGACCUAGGAAUUGUGCCUGGGAAGAUGACUCAACAGAGAUCCAGAAAGGCCAAGAAGAAGAUAGCCCUACUCCAAUUUAGCCUUCUGCAUCCAAAGCAGUACCUAAGAAGUUCAUCAUAGAAGUAAUGAACUGAAUGUUCCCUUUGCCUCCCCCUGCUGCAGAAGGUGCUAGUAAAGAAGAUGUCCUAGCAAGUGAUGGCUCAACCCUAGGAGGGAGGGGGGAAAUAAAGUGCUUGGGCUAUUCUUCCCAGUAAAUCUCGAUUUGUCACAUUAAAGAAAAGGUGACUAGUCACUAUGCAAGGACAUCUCUAGCCCCUCAUUCAUCUUGGCCUUUUAAAGUUGAGGAACAAGCAAUUUUCUUGCCAAGAAGGUAUUUUGGGAAGUGUUACAAAGUUGUUGGUGAGGGUCAUGGAUGAACUAAUGCUAGAAAAUUGAAGAAUGUUGCUAAAGCAUAAAUACUGUUGGGAACCUAUGGAGCAGGGGAUGUGAAGUCUUAUGAAUGUGGGCAUUCUCAUGAAUGUUCUUUUGGGCUAAUAGUGAUAUUAGAGUUCUCAGUCUUACACUGGGAAUCAUGGGGGAUUUCCUAGCAAUAGUUUCCUUCUAGUUUUAGAUAAUUCCCUCCUUUAUCUCCUGGCCCUUGUAAUUUUCACCAUCUUCUCUCAAAAUCCCUUUCCUCUCCAGUUUUGCCUGAUUAUGGACUAGGGGUAUGUCUGCCAUUGUCUGGUUCUAGGAGUCCACAGACUUUGGGGGACAAGCUUCAAGUAGUUCCUCCCUGUCUUGUAAUGAAAUGUAGUGUUUACUCUUAACAUAGAAUCAUUUGGAAUGGGAGCUUUGAGAAGAGAGGGUCUUGAAUGAUGGCCCCCUUCUCUGAAGUUGUAGACUCCAGAGCUUCCUAACAUAGUGAAAUG